UAUGAGUUUCUGGUUUUACCUCGCGUUUGAGCAAAGAGAACAAGAGAAAAGAAGAGAUAUACCUUAGCAGAACCGUGCUAUUACUCACUUUCACGUUCUCGCUCAUUUCGGAAUUGUCGCGUGGCUUUGCUGCUAUGCCUGUUUGUUAUGGAGUUAAUGGUCUUUUUCUAUUUGUUUUGACUGGUUUUGUUUUUAAUGCUAUCUUCCGCUUUCAUUUUGUUCAUUAUUAUUCUAAUAUGCAUGCAUGCACCAUUUUUUUUUUUUUUUGAAGAAAGAUUAGUCAUCCAUCCAGCCAUCCAUUCAUUUGUCGUACAUUCAUUAUACCACCUACCUGCCUUUCUAUCUAAUCUACAAACAGGACAUGAGUAAAAUGAGGCUGUGGCAAGGUACGCAGAUAUAAGGAUAGAUUCCCUGACCGUUAUAUUUUCUCAUCCAAAUUAACCUUUUUGUAUCAUCCAUGUGUUUCAAUUUUCAGAAUUUUCAAUAAACUCAACAAUAUUACACGGAAAUCAGUAUUACCUCCGACAUCUUCACCGUUUUCUUGCUAGCGCUCCUCAGGUUGGGGAGGAUUCUUCCUGGCUUCUUUGCUACCGUGCAACCUCACAUGGUUGGAAAACCAAGACCUUCCAUGAUAGAUGCGACGGUAGAGGAAAUACCGUGACCAUCGUACAGACAGGUCAAUAUGUCUUUGGAGGAUACACUGACAUUCCUUGGGGUAAGAUUUGAUAUUGAUUUUUAGGUAUCUUUAAAAGGGCUUUAGUGCCACGGGUGUUUCACUGACCCGUUAAAUACUCCUGCAGUUGUUCCUCGUAACUGCAAUAUGAUUCCAGCAAUAAUACUAGCAUUAACUGUACUUUACAAUAGGGUAAUGCUUAAAUAGAAAGCGAGAAAUACGAUUUCCUAAAUGGUGAAUUAUUCGUCAGAGACAUACGCCUCGGUACGCCUUUUACACUAUACUUAAGCUCUCUACAUUUCACCCGUUCAAAUGACAACAUUCUAAGUAUAGAUUCAACUUAAACCCACUUUACCGGCUACAUUGAAUUGGCAAGUUUUUUUUUUUUUUUUGUCGCAACGGAGCUACAUUAUUUAUAAAACGGCGCCCCGUAUAAACGCGAGGCUUAAUUCUUAAAGUAAAAAGGUAGAUUCUGCAUUCGAGCAAAGUGGCCCAUCCGAGGUUGGGUCAUGCGUUAAAUAAAGGUUUCCAUUAACAUGAAGCGAUCAAUAGUUAUGCUUCCUUCCCUUUGGAUAAAAUGAUAUUCCAUCGCAAGGUUACGCGAUGUGAUAGGAAAAGAAAUACUAGCUAUAUCCGUCAUUAAGAACAGCCCAUGGGCCUUUGGAGAAUACACUGACAUUCAUUCUGACUGACACGCAGCGAGGCAAAGCCAACCAAUUCAGAACAUUCGCGUUAAGCAACGUCUUUUGAAUCCUCCUGUGAAUCCCUGGAUUGACGCUUUGAGUCAUUUGCGUCAUUACUUUCGAUUUCUGGUUGAGUUAUGACCAGUACGAACAAAACUCAGAACGCGAGGCACUAGUAUCUCUUUCCCUCCUCGACCCGUUUUAGCGUCAUGCUUUCGUCAUGUUUGUCAUGUGAUCGAACAGGGGGUUGUCCCCGUAUGCCGCUAUUCACAAAAUUUUCAUAUUUGCUGAGGUUCAUCUGGCACUUCCUUUUGACUGAAAAUGUUUUUACAUUUUAACGUAAUUAAUUACUAUAGAGCGGACACAACAUCUCUUAGUUACUUUUGUCUCAUGACUAGACAACCCCUUUUUAAAGCUUUGGAUACACCCAUUUUCUGUUGAGUAGAAAUACGCUGAAAUAUCAUGUAACCAGGAUUGUUCAUGGCUUUGGUACUACUUAUUGACAAUUAUUAUUUUGAUCACAAAAAAAUCAUGUUUUGUUCAUACCAAAUCACCCUUACAAUGAGUAUUAUUGUUAGUGAGACAGCUUGUUCACAUGAAAAUUAAAUACAACCCUCCUUCUUAACCCGCUCCUUUGGGCUAUGAAUUUACAUUGUGCCCCUGCACCCCCCCCCCCCCCCCCCUACCCCUGCCCCUCUGGUUUUGCAAGCCCCACUCCUGCUAAUUAUUGUACAGUUCUUUAGUGUUGUGGAUCAGUGUAGUUCACUGACACCUCAACAAGUCAAAACACAAAUUUAAAAGAAAAACGUUUAAAGUUAUGCCUUGUUACCAUGGUAACUGUAAAAUGAUUUCAAUAAUAGUACUCGUAUUGUAGUCUACAGUAGGACAAUAGACCUCUUUCAUAAUAUAUUAGCGACCCAUUUAUUUAUUCUUUUAAUUAAUUUAAUUUAUUUUCUUGUAAUUAAUUAUUAAAUUAUUUUCUGUUCUAUUAUUUUAUUAUUUAUUUACCUAUUUAUUUUUGCUCUUUCUGGCUCCUCGCCUGCAUAUUUUUUACACUGUUAUGGUGGCCAACUAGAAAACUGAAUAGUUCGCUUGGCCAUCAUACUCGAACUUUCAUAUUACUUCAAUAGAAAUGUUUAUAGCGUAAACAGAAAUCUAAAAAGGCUGUAACUUUAACAAUAGUUACAAUAAUGGCAGAAAAUAAUAAGUAAAAUAAGUAAGAAUUCUUUUCUAAUUUUCACUCAUAUCAAAUAAUAUAUUAAAAGGCCGCAAUUGUGAAAGGGAUUUCUGCUAUAAGAGACAUCUAAAACAAGCGAUAAGAUUGCUCCAAUGUUACUUUGUAACUUUGUAACUUUGUAACUUUAUUUGAUUUACCACAAAAUACAAAUAACGAUAAAACAAGACAGUCACACAAAAGCAAAUGAAAGUGGCGAGGAAGCCCAAAAAGAAACCAAGAGGCUUAUAGAAAUUGGGCUCCCUCAGAGUAAAAAUAAAGUUAACAGUAACAGUAAGGCCAGGAUGGAAAGUAAAAUACAAUGAAGGUAAGUAUAAAUUAACUAAUUACAUAGACUGAGUUGACAAAAUAUAAGGUAUGGUACAUGUAACAAUAAGUAUAAAACUAAUAUCAGACAUCUGAAGAAAUAUAACUAUUUGCUACAAGAUUUGUAGCUAAUAAUUCAUAAAUAUUUUUUCUUUUUCAAUUUCGUUUUGAAUAAGUGGAGAGAAUUAGAUUCUUUAAUAUCAUUUUCUAUAGAGUUAUAAUGAGUAGGUCCUUGGAAACUGACAGAAAAUUUACGAAGGUUUGUUCUACAAAAGGGAAGGUGAAAAUCGUUCGCGUGUCUUGUGGCAUAGCUAUGGACUUGUUUGUUUAAAGAAAGAUAAUUGUUGAACUUUGAGGGCAAAAGAGAAUGGUUAAGAGAAAACAUAAGUUUACCCAAUUCUAGUUGUUUAAUAUCGGAAAGUUUUAGUAGCCCUAAUUCUUUGAAAAUAGGGUCUGAAUGAGAAUCGAAAGUUGAUUUAGAAAUAAUUCUGAUAACUCGCUUUUGCAAAGAGACGAGACGGCGAAGAUUGGUUUUGAACGUAGAUCCCCAGACAAUAAUACAAUAAUGAAGAUAAGGUUAAACUAAACAAUAAUAAAGAGUUUUUAGACACGGCUUAGGUAGAAAAAAUCUUGCUCUAUUAAUGACACCUAUUUAUUUCGAGAUUUUACCAGCUACUUGAGAAAUGUGUGGUUUCCAAGACAGAUGUUCAUCAAGGACUACACCGAGGAAGACCGCUUCCUUAACCUGUUCGAUUCUCUGUUCAUUUAUGCAUAUUUGCAUUGGAAAAUGAUACCUUUUCUGUCUAGGCUUAAAUAACAUAAACUUUGUUUUCUUCAUGUUAUUUAAGCCUAGACAGAAAAGGUAUCAAGAUUAGAAAAAACGUACAUUAGAUUAUUUGCACCAAGGACGUCGACUUACGCCGUUUACAGACAACACAGCUGCCGCCGCUCUGCAUGUUGUCGGCCAACUGCCAUAUCAAUUCCUGGUUUGUGAAGUUCUUUGAAAUAAACCGAUACAUAUUGAAGAGUUUCACGCAAAACAAAGCAAGAUUUCAUGCACUGAUUCAGUUCGAUUUACGCAGCUUUGUCCGUUAGAAGGAAACAACGCGAUGGGAAGGCUAAAAAAACGGAAUUAGCCGCUCGGCCUCAAAAGUUAUAAAUAAACCUUUCAAGUAUUUAAAUCGUGUAAGACAAACUUUUUACCCUGCGAGCAGAGGCCCCUCGAUCUUCGCGACUUAUCCAGGAAGAUCGAUGGGCCUCUGCUCGAGGGGUACAAACUUUUUAGUCCGUCCCCUCAAAACAGCGAAAAAAUAUAUCUAAACUAAUCUUAUCUGGGUUGACUGGAAAACGUUUAUAACUUUUUUCAGCGCUUUCAUGGAUCAACAAUGCCAAGCAUUAUUAUAUGUAGCAGAUGAAAUUGCUAAAUUGGCGGUUUGAUAAGUAAAUUCUUAUAAAGUUUAAUUUAAAUAGAGUAACUUUGAAUUCUUGAUAAAUACGGCUCCAACGGCUUCUGACAGCGUCUACCAACAGAAUUUUACGGCGAAAAGCUUUAAAUAAUAUUAUAAUUCUUCCCCCGUUUUGUUUUGCUUUUUAACAAUAUUUUUUUUCUAUCUAUUUUCGUACUGCUGCCCAUUUACGCCUUCGCGAGAUGUCACGAUAAACGAAUUUCUUGUAUUAAAAAUAAUCAGAUUAACAUACAAAAAAAAUGACAUCCUCGUACAAAUAGGCUAUUUUACUGGCUUCUGCAAGAAAAAUAUACAUGGUAACAAAAAUGUUAUUUGAAAGUCCUAUUUUAUGUUUUAUUUUUGUUUUAUUAGAAUCCAGUGGCGGCCAUGGCGCUACUUCCGAAGCGUUUAUUUUUUCCCUCAACAAUAGUGAAGGGCUGGCACCAUUUGUUAGCAAGGUGAAGCCAGAAAAGGCAGACAAGGCAAUUGAGAGGAGUUCAUAUUAUGGUCCAAACUUUGGUCAGGACCUCGUCCUUGAUGUUGAAGAAGGGAGAAAACGCUACUCAGAAGCACGCUUGGGCAAAUACUACUCUGUUCCAGCUUCAGUGAAGGACAAAGGCACCACAAUCCUGACCGGGAAACAUGUUAACUUCUCACCUGAUGAGGUGGAGGUAUUUCAUCUUGACCCAUCCCCCUAA